CGACAAAUGAAAUUGAAAGCCACAAUUCACAAUUUACAAUUCACAAUUCACAAUUCACAAUUCAUUCCUGAGAGUAACAGUGAGAGUGCCAUGGGGUGCGUCUCCUCCAAUUUGCUAAACCAAGAUGAAGAGUUGAGCCAACUAGGUUCCUCCGCCUUGGGCCACCACAUCGUCUCACUCACCUCCACCACCUACGGCCUCCUCACCCUCGAUCCACCCUCCAAUCCUCCCCCGCGCUUCACCCUCGCUUCCCUCUUCCCUUCCGAACCAAAACCCGAAGUCAUUAACUCAUGGGAACUCAUGUCCGGCCUCGACACCGAAAGCUUCCGUUUUUCCCCCAAACUACACUUCCCCACCCUCUGCCCCCCCAACGGCGAGAACCGCGUCGUCAUCCACACGACGUCGUUGCGCGGCGUCCGGAAAACCUUCGAGGCCUGCAACGCCGUCCGCGCCGCCUUCGAGGCCCUCGGCCUCCUGGUCUGCGAGCGCGACGUCUCCAUGCACAGCGCCUUCAGGGAGGAGCUCAGGGUUCUAUUGAAGGGGAAGCAGAGGGAGGCCAUGCUUCCUCCCAGAGUCUUCGUCAAGGGCUUAUACAUCGGCGGCGCCGACGAAAUGCUCAAGGUCGCCGAAGAGGGUCUCUUGGGGGAGCUUCUCCAGGGUUUGCCCAGGAAGAAGGUUGGGGCCGUUUGCCACGGUUGCGGGGACAUGAGGUUCUUGCCUUGCUCCCACUGCAACGGUAGCUGCAAGACCGUUCUUCUUGUGCCCAGGAAACAGGGGAGGACGCUGGUGGUUAAGUGUAGUCAUUGCAACGAAAAUGGCUUGGUCUUGUGUCCUGUUUGUCGUUGAUUGCAAUUGCACUUGUUUGUUCAUAAUCAUCAUAUGCAUAUCUCUUGUAAUCCUUCUCUUGCUGAUGUUCCCUCCACUCACCGCUUUUAAACGGAUCUUUCUUCUGCUUCUUUUUUUUUCAUCUUUGCUUGCCUCUUAGAUCACCAUCACUCACCGUCAUUGCUGUCUGUGGCUCCUGUGAACUCUGAACAGAGCCUGCGAGUGCCACGGCUCGCCUUUUUUUUUUUUUUUUCAUUUUGAAUUUUGAUCACUACUACUUCUUAUCGUGUUA